AUGGCUUGGCAACUUAUAGCUCUUCUCCCGGUUGCUUUGGUGGCCGCUGCCGCCGUCGCCGCCGCAGGGGCGGGGCUGCCGUCCAACUUCGCCAUGAUAACCCCACGGGGACCAAUACUGGGGAAGCGGGAUGCGGGGGAGUACUGCGGCAAGAGGAAGUGCAUGGCCAAGUGCGAGAGCCGCUGCCCCGAUCAGUGCUUCGUCCUCUGCCCCAGCUGCAAGACUCUUUGCAUGUGCGACUACUACCCGGGCAUCUCCUGCGGUGACCCGCGCUUCACCGGUGGCGACGGCAACAACUUCUACUUCCACGGCAAGAAGGACCAGGACUUCUGUGUCGUCUCCGAUGCUGAUCUCCAUGUCAAUGCUCAUUUCAUUGGCACGCACAACCCCGCCACUGAUCGUAACUUCACCUGGAUCCAGGCCAUCGGCAUGCGCUUCGUGGACCACCGCCUCUUCGUCGGUGCCAAGAAGACCGUGAAAUGGAACAACCGUGUCGACCAUCUGGAGAUGGCCUUGGACGACGAGACCAUCGAUCUCCCUGCCAAGCUCGACGCGCGUUGGGAGUCGGCAGCCGUGGCAGGCCUGACCAUCACGAGAACCGCCACGACCAAUGGCAUCAGAGUGCAGCUCAAGGGGGUGUUUGACAUCAUGGCCAGCGUGGUGCCCGUCACGGAGAAGGACUCCCGCAUCCACAACUACGGUGUCACGGAGGAAGACUGCCUGGCUCACUUGGACAUUGGGUUCAAGUUUCACGACCUCACCGACGAUGUGCACGGUGUCCUUGGUCAAACGUACCGCUCCGACUAUAUUAACAAGCUCAGGGUGAGCGCCAGCAUGCCGGUGAUGGGCGGCAUAACCAGCUAUGUAUCAUCGGAUAUCUUUGCCACUGAUUGCGCAGUUGCUAGAUUUGGUCGCCGUACUAGCAUCUCAAUGGUUGCAUCAAGUGAUAGUUGA